UCUCAUUUCAACAAAAACACAAAUGGGACGGACUUGCUAUGAGCGGCAGAAUAUCUGCCUUUACAAAAAAGUUGAUUUCCGAUUAUCAAACAUUCAGGAAGUUCUUUUUAGCGAGAAAUAAGUUAAGUGAAAACACUCAAAAGAAUUCACGGGUGUUUAUCGACGUAGCUGUCGAUAACAAUUAUCGCAUGUGUUGCAGCUCAUAAGUUUCACUAUCAUAGGCUCAUUUGUUUACACUUGCCUGAUUUUAACAGUUCUAAGGGAAAAUUUACAAUUCUAACCCAUUGCGGAACCAACUUUGAAGAAGCCGUCGUCCAAGUAUCGAAUGGACUCGGCUGCGGUUUGAUUUGGCUCUGACAGGCGUGUCAUAGUUCCUACUUAGCCGCUGCGCCCCGUUGCUUCCAAUCUGAUUCACUUUCGACGGCAUCUGACCCGGGCGCCGAUACGCGCCGCGCUCUUACCUGACUCAGGUGCAUCGGAAAACAAGUGGCUAGCUGGCUGGAUUCCGCGAGUGGUGGCUGACUUAGAACGUGGCUCGAUCAGAACGGUGAGAAAUAGGAGGUACCUGUCUAUCUCUGACUGAUGCAGUUGCAUUUGGAGGGGUUUGAACUUGCUAGAAUUUUUCCACUUGAUGCAGUUUCGAUCCAAGCAUGGUUAAAUUCGGAACCUCCUAGUUGCUGCUGGAGGAACGGUAGCUGUUUGGUAGUUGCGCGUCGAUAUAAAUAUCCUCAUGCGUGUCUCGUGCGUGUCUAGUGCGUGAUUAACGGUAUUUGUGACUUAGCUGUCUAGUAUCGUCGUUCGUCGUUAUCCUUGAAGAAUCGUUUAAAGACAAUGUUUGGUUUACCGUUAAAUCUUGCCGAUACAAAAAAACGCGUGGGCCUGUGCUAGAUGUUAACUGUUGAAACUUUUAAAAACGGAUGGUCCAGUUGAAACUUUGUAGUUAAACGAUUUUGAACCUGCCGUUACUUGAGCGCUGUCAUGAAACAUUUAGCAACACCUACCACCAUGAUGGAUUCCAUCUGUCGGCUGUGUAUGGAGGGCAGCAAUUUGAAUCAUUCCAUGUCUGACGACAAAAUUCGUUCCAUGAUUGAAUACUGCAUACAAUUAAAGAUCGAUGUCGUCAACGAUCUGUUUCCGGUGGAAAUUUGCGACGACUGUUACUACAAAAUCAAGGAUUUUUCGGAAUUCAAAGAAAACUGCCACAGUAUUCAGGACAUGUUACGUCAAGAAAUCGAACAAACUCGGCUCGAAUGUGAUCGAAUGGAUGAUGAGAUUCAAUCCCAGCGAACUGCCCUAGAUGAUCUGGAUUUGUUCGUUGGGGAUAUUAACUAUUCGGAUAUAGAGUAUUUGGAUGAAACGUUGCUGUUUAGUGAUUUGAACGCGGAGGAACUGUUGCGAGACUUGGAGAACAGCGGUGGACGGGAUAGUGAUUUGACUGACUUUUUCGAACCUAGUUCAGUGAGUUCUUCCGAUAGUCAGUACAAGAAGAGGGCUAAACGGUGCUACAAGGAGGAGUACAACGCGGCGCUCAUUACGUGUGAUAUCUGUGGAAAGUUGGUUCACAAGACGUUGCUCCCUGGACAUAUCAAUAUGCACAAUGGAGUGAAACCCUACGCCUGUCCACGAGAGGGGUGUCAUUCGACGUUUCACUGUAAACAUAAAUUGAAGCGACAUAUCGGCUACAAACAUAAGGACGGCAAUUUCCCCUGUGAUCAGUGCGAAAAAGUGUUUAACUCCAAUCUGGCCCUGUAUCAUCACAAGUUUGCAUCCCACCAGCUGCGGAACAAAGCUUGCUCCAAAUGUGAUAAGCGAUUUCGUACCACCCACGGUCUCAAUCGGCACAUGCAGACGCACUCGGAGGAACGCAAAUUUAAGUGCCACUACUGUCCGAUGGCCUUCCUGAAGGAUUCGGUACGGGAAAUCCAUCACCGAACACACACCAAGGAACGACCCUUCGUUUGUACAAAGUGCGGUGCGGACUACAACCACCGGAGGCUUCUCGUGAACCACAUGAAACGGAAGCAUCCCGGAUCGGAAACGGUGCUACAAACGCUACAGUGCACGUGAAAUUUUAAACGUUGGAAACUCUAACACCAAUCAGAAGCACAAGCUGAGAAUCCUACUGUGAAAGUUACCUUAUUUUAGUGUUUUUUUUUAGAAAAAAAUGUAUACGAAUAAACAGAAAACAAAUGAAACUACUUUUAAUGACAGGUUUUCUAAAUAAAUUUUAUGGAUUUAUUCUACAUGGACACAAUUACAUUUUUCAGUAUUGAAAAGUUUCUACAUGUUAUGCAAACAAUAAACAGACAUUACUAUUCAAG